AUGCCUAUAAUCUCAAACCUGGCAUCAAAACUGUACACUCAGGGUGUUAAUGCGUACAAGACCCGGUCUAUCAAUGACAAGGAAAUAACAUUGCAAAUCGAUGACUUAAAAGAUUACUAUACCAAUGGCGAUAUUGUGAAUGGACAAGUAAUUAUUGAAUUCCAUGAAGACAUCACUGUGACGGGUAUUUUUGUGAAGCUGAAAUGCGACAUUGGUACUAGGGUCUUCUUUGACGAGAGAAAUAAAAGGGGCUUGCUUUUCAGUUCCACUGACGAAGAGAAAAUCGCCAAGCACAACCUGAGGAUAAGCGGUAGCAAAAGGCAGGUCUAUCGUCAAGAUGUUCAGGUGUUCCCUACUGAGGACUUGAUGAAAAGUAGAGCCAAGACUUACACCAUCGCCGCUGGCAGGCAUGUUUACGAUUUCAGCAUUAAAUUUCCCGAGCUAGGGUCGAAUGGUCAAGCGCUUCCUCCAACUUAUUGGCAAGGUACUUUCCAGGACAAUGCCUACUUCUACUGCGAACACAGUAUUAAAGCUACGGUAAAGAGAUCAUCGUCGUUUACUGCUGAUCCUCGCAUGGAAAAGACACUCACGGUGGUGCCUUAUUUUGAUCAGGGGGCCUUUGAGACAUCUGCAAUGAAGACGAUCUCAGACAUCUUUGAACUCAGCAAGGGCACACGCGUAGACGUGCAGGCAUUGGUGCCUGACUAUGGGUUGCCACAGUCUCCUUAUCCUAUCCCUCUUCAAUUGGCCGUUAGGUCCUAUGGCGUUCCAGUUACUGUUCAGAAUAUUUGUGUGAGCCUAAAUCGAAUUACCCAGUGGAACUCUCGGGAUAUCAGGCGUCAAAAGUAUGUGUUGGAGGACCACAAGUCUGUCGUUCUUGGAGUAGUUCCAUUAAAUCAGUCAGGAACUAUCUUAGACCUCUCUGAUAGUCUGCAAAAUCUGAAAAUCACUGGUUACUCAACUCCUUCGUUCAAACAUGAACUGCUGAGUGUCAGCUAUGAACUUUUGAUUGGGAUUACUAUGUCCUUAGAGGGAUGCGCGUAUGGUGCCCAUAAUGCGCAACUGUUUGAGCUCAAGGGCCCGGUCCAUGUGCUCCCCCCAGCUCUCUCACCGUCACUGCCUUCAGUUCACAUCACUACUCAGGCUGAUAUCCAGGCACAGGGCCCACCACCCGCUUUCGACUCCAAAGCCGAAAUGGAGUACACUAAUGAUCUUAAAUCCGGCCAAUCUAAGCGGCCGUAUCUACCUGCAUAUCAAGAAUAA